AUGAUAGCAAAUCUAGUAUUUUAUCUAAUUUUGGGAUUUUCUCUUAGUAUAAAUUUACAUAUAGAAAAAAGAAAUAUAAAUUUAUUUUUAAAUAAUUCUUCAAAUAAUUAUUCUAUAAAAGAAGAAUUAAAAAGAAAGAUAUAUUCAACGAAUGUAAAAGAAAAUGUAAAGUUAAUAGAUUAUAAAAAAAAUUCUAUUUUGAGAGAUUCAGAAAAUAAAAAAAAAAUUGAAAUAGAGGAAAACAUUGAUCAAAUAAAAAGUAAGAUAGAAUUAGAGAAAAGUAAAAAUUCAUAUAUUAACAAUUUAAACAAUUAUUUCGAUUAUAAUGUAUAUUUAGAAGAUAAUAAAUUAGGAGAAUAUAUUUCUGAUGUUAAUUUAAGUAAAGAUGAAAUAUGUAUGUUAUAUGAAGAUAUGUAUUUAGGAAGGUUGUUUGAAAAUUUAGUAGCAAAGUUGUAUUAUAGCAAAAAAGUGAAUGGAUUUGUUCAUUUAUACAACGGUCAAGAAGCAGUAAGUUCUGGUAUAAUUAAAAAUUUGAGAAAUUCUGAUUUCGUAACUAGUACAUAUAGGGAUCAUGUGCAUGCUAUAAGUAAAAAUGUUCCUCCUAAUAAAAUUUUAAAUGAAUUAUACGGUAAUUAUAAUGGUAGUACGAAUAAAGGAAAAGGUGGGUCUAUGCACAUAUUUAGUAAGAAGGAAAACUUUAUAGGAGGUUUCGGAUUUAUUGGUGAACAAAUUCCAAUUGCUGUUGGUUUAGCUUAUAGUAUUUUAUACAAAAAAGAUUUUUCACCAUCUGAGAAUAUAUUAGAAAAUAUAAAUUAUACUACUAGAGAAGAGAAUUCUAAUUUACAAGGUUUAAAAGAAGACGAUGUAGAUGUAGUUGUUUGCUUUCUAGGAGAUGGUACAGCAAAUAUAGGUCAGUUUUUUGAAUCAUUAAAUUUGGCUUCUUCAUAUAAUUUACCAAUCAUUUUUGUAAUAGAAAAUAACAAUUGGGCUAUUGGAAUGGAGAGUUCAAGAAGUUCAGUAAACGAUCUUAUGAAUAAUUAUUCAAAGGGGAAAGCUUUUAAUAUAGAAAGUUAUAAAAUAGAUGGUAAUGAUGUUUUAAGUAUUUAUAAACUAGCAAAAAAAAAAAUAGAUCAAAUUAGAAAAAGAAAAUGUGGGCCUAUUUUAAUUGAAGCAAUUACAUAUAGAUUAAAAGGGCAUUCUCUGGCUGAUCCCGAUGAGCUUAGAAAAUCAGAAGAGAAAAGUUCUUGGAAAAAAAUGGAUCCUUUAGUAUUUUUAUCAAAUUAUAUGAAAAAAAAUAAUAUUGUUGAGGAUUCUUAUUUUGAUGAAGUUAAAAAAAGAAAUCAAAAAAUACUUAAAGAUGCUGAAAUUGAUGCAGAAGAAAAUAGAAAAAAAGAUGAAAAUAUAAAUAUAUGUAAUGUAUUAAAUGAAAAUGUUUAUGCUCCAUCUCAGUCUACACCUUUUCAGAGUGAAUAUGAAAAAUAUAAAAAAUAUGAUGAGCUAUCAAAUUCAGAAUUAAAAGAGUACUAUGAAGCUGUUCUUAAGGAAAAUCAAAGAAAAAAAGAAAAUAAAAAAGCAGAUAUUAAUGAAAAAUUUAACGAAAAGAAGUUACCUUUAAUAAUAGACUAA